AGAAAGCCAAGUUAAAACAAUAAAGUGCUUUAGCGUUUUGCAAGCAGAAGACCAUAUGUGUUUUAUACGGGUUCUUUUUCAGAGAUUUGGGUAGAACUAAAACAAUUAAGUCAUUUCAAUUUUUUAGAAAGCACCGCAUCCUAGUAGGUAAGUUGCAUAAAUCUUUGAAUCCACCAAUUAUUGCUCAUGGCAGAAACAGUGGAGUCUUCAACUGGAGACUAUACAUGAGUUAGCUGAGGAAUGAGGAAUCAUACACCAUGCAUGCCAUUUAGCUCCUUCUCCUUCUUUGUUUCCCAAUCUUACACGGAAGCAUUCUAUCAUCGUUCACACUGUGGCGAGGCAAUGUGCAGAACAUGCUGCAGCUUCAUUUUCUUAAUCGCCCUUCUCCUUCCUCCAGUGCUCGUCAAGACAGCUGAGAAUCCCGAUUGGAUUUGCAUCGGCGGCGUAAACCCGGCGAACAGCACCUUCAGUCACAACCUGCAACAAGCACUGGCCUCUCUUGUGGCCAAUGUGUCCCUCACCGGCUACUACAAUGUUACCGUAGGAAAGAGCCCCAACCAAGUCAUUGCCGCCGUCCAGUGUCGUGGUGAUAUUGACGGCGAAGUUUGCGACGUCUGCGUCUCUGUUGCUGCCUCACAGGUCACUCUGCGGUGCCCCAGGAACAGAGUGGUUGCCGUUGUCCUCCAGAGCUGCUUCAUGUACGUCACCGAUCCCAACUUUACGAUUCCUCGAUCGUUUAUGAAUGUCUCCUUCCAGACAGCUGAAGCCAUCCCCGACCCUGAAAGAUUCAAGCCCAUGCUCACCUCCUUCUUCAACAAUCUCAUCAUUUCCGUCACCACCAACCCUUCAGGCCGCUUGUAUUGGGGCGACAGUUUCAGGUAUACUCAGAACUUGACUGUCUAUGCCAUGGCGCAGUGCCUUCAGAACCUAACCCCAAAGAGCUGCAGACCUUGUUUAGACGAAGCCUUGGCUAUAAUGCUCAAAGAUGCUACAGAUACAACAAGCAGUACAGUUUUCCAUAAUAUCGAAUGCGGUGUAGGUUACGACAUCUUUCCUUUUUUCACUCCCCCACCUCACAAGAUUGCUCCAAGCAGCGCCAUUUCCAUCUCAACUAGCUGCUUCCCACCACCAUUGAUCGACAAGGUUAGCAGCCCGUUUCAUAGAAACCUCAAGGCCUUGCUCAGCCCGUUUCAUAGAAACCUCAAGGCCUUGCUCAAUAAUUAUCUGAUAGUGUACGCACCUUUCCCUGGCUUCUACGACGAAACCGUCGGCUUGGGCUCCAGCCAAGUCUACGGCCAAGCCUUGUGCCGAGGCGACAUCACUAAGGAUGUUUGCUGGCAUUGCAUAGCCCAGGCUUCUACCAAAAUCCAAGAGUUAUGCCCCAACAGCAGAAGGGCAAUCAUAUGGCUCGACCUCUGCCAUUUGCGCUACUCCGACGAGAACUUUGCCGGCACAGUAGAUGUCCAGGACAGGGCAUGCCAACCAUCAGCGGAGAACACAUCGAAUCCGACGAGCUUCGAUGAGAAUUUGAGAAUCCUCUUCUCUAACUUGACCUCGAAGGCCGUGCAGAGCUCUUCCACUCACUUCUUUGCUACAGGAAAAACCCUGCUUCCUGACUCACAAACGAUCUACGCUUUAGUGCAGUGCGUGAGAGACAUAUCUGCAGACCAAUGUGUGUGGUGCUUGCGGAAUGCCAGCGCUGAUAUUGAGGGGUGCUUUAAUGGAAGGCAAGGCGGUCGAAUCCUCAGGGGAAGCUGUAGCCUGAGUUUUGGGAUGCAGUCUUUCUUUGCAGGCGAUCCAGCGCUGGUUUCAUCUGUGCAGCCGAAUCAUGGGUACCGCCGCCGAUGGAUGCUUGUUCUCAUUGGCUUCAUUGGUGGGCUACUGCUAACAGCAGCCUUCGCUUUUUGCUUAGUUGAGAAACUAAAACAACAUCUAGAGAAGCUAAAACAGAAAGAGACAACUCUCACUGAUACUGAGAGUGCAGAAGAGAAUGAGACAACCUUUGAUUUACCACAAAUCAGCCUGAGGACAAUACAAGAUGCUACAGAUAAAUUUUCAGAAUCAAAAAAGCUUGGGGAAGGUGGAUAUGGACCUGUCUACAAGGGGAAACUUCCCGAUGGACAGGAAGUAGCUGUGAAGCGGCUGUCCGGACGAUCUAGGCAGGGUUUAAAGCAGUUCAGGAAUGAAGUUGAGUCGAUGGCGAAACUUCAACACACAAACCUGGUCAGGCUCAUUGGUUGCUGCUCAGAAAAAGGGGAGAAGUUGCUCAUAUAUGAAUAUAUGCCCAACAAAAGCCUUGAUUUCAUCCUCAGGGAUCCAAGAAGGCGUGCUUCGUUGGACUGGGAAAAACGGUUCAAUAUCAUCAUAGGAAUUGCAAGGGGGAUGCUUUAUCUACACCAAGAUUCACGACUCAACAUCAUUCAUCGGGAUCUCAAAGCAAGCAACGUGCUGUUAGACGAGCAACUGCAUCCUAAGAUUUCUGACUUCGGAUUGGCAAGGAUCUUCAGUGGAGUUCAGGGCCACGCAACUACCAGUGUCAUUGUUGGUACAUAUGGAUAUAUGGCUCCAGAGUAUGCCAUGGAUGGUGUGUUUUCUACUAAAUCUGAUGUCUACAGCUUUGGUAUUUUGUUGUUGGAAAUCAUCAGCGGCCAACUGAAUGCAGCAAGUUUUUGUGUUACUCUUGAUGAGAGUCGCAGCCUCGUUGAGCGUGCAUGGAGUUUGUGGUGUGAAGAAAAAGGAACAGAGUUCAUCGAUCCAGUCCUCAAAGACACUACUACUUCAACAGCUGAUCAAAUGCUAAGGUGUUUGCAAAUUGGCUUGCUCUGCAUUGAAGAAGAUGCUGCAACUAGACCAACCAUGUCAACGGUGCUUAUCAUGCUUGGCAACAAUUCUUUGGACCUUCCCGUGCCCACACAACCUGCAUUCAUCAUGGAAAAUGCUACAGACUCAAGCCGACAACGUUCUUAUGUUUUUCGGCCUGUUGCCUAUGAAAUCGCCACUUGGUCGGUGAUAUACAAAAAAGAAUUCUCUCAUCGUUCACAGGGUGGUGGGAAGAUGUGGAGAACAGCAUGCUGCUUCAUCUUCCUAAUUGUCCUCUUCCUCCCGCUGGGGUUCGUUGACAUGACUGAAACUCCCUUUUGGUACUGUGCCGGCAGCUCAAACUACACGGCGAACAGCACCUUCAGCCACAACCUGCAGCGGGCGCUGGCCUCUGUGGUAGCCAACGUUUCCCUCACCAGUUUCUACAAUGUCACCGUGGGCAAGAGCCCCGACCAAGCACUUGCCACUGCUCAGUGUCGAGGCGACCUCGACGGUGAAGCUUGCCAGGUCUGCGUCUCUGAUGCUGCCUCACAGGUCGCCGAGCUGUGCCCUCAGAACAGAGCGGCUAUCAUUUUCUUCGAAAGCUGCAUCAUGUACUGCCGUGACGCCAACUUCACCGUGCCUCAAUCAUUUAUGAAUUUGUCUCUUCCGAGGCUCGAGGCCAUCCCCGACCCCCAAAGAUUCAGGCCCAUACUCAUUUCCUUCUUCAACAAGCUCAUCCUUUCCACAACCACCAACCCUUCAGGCCGCUUGUUCUGGGGCGACAUGUUCAGGUACACUCAGAACCUGACUAUCUACGCCACCGCACAGUGCGUUCAAUACCUGUCACCUAAGGGCUGCAGAUCUUGCUUAGACAUAGCCUUCGCUCAAAUGCUCAAGAAUUUUGGAGAUAGACAGGGCGGUGUAGUUUACCAUAACAUCGAGUGCCUGGUAAGAUUCGAGCCCUUUUCCUUUUUCACUCCACCACCUCAAAAGAUUGAUCCAAACAACGGCGCUUCCUUCUCAAGUAAUUGCUCCCAACCAACAUCAAGCAACAAGGUCGGCACCCCCUUUCAUAAAAAUCUCAAGGCUCUGCUCUCUUAUUUGAUAGAGAAUGCACCUUUAUCUGGUUUCUAUAAUGAUAACGUUGGCCUGGGCUCCGGCCAAGUCUACGGUCAGGCCCUGUGCCGAGGCGACAUCCCCAAUGACGUUUGUUGGCACUGCACGGCCCAGGCUUCUAGCAAAAUCCAAGAACUGUGCCCCAACAGUAGAAGGGCCAUCAUAUGGCUCGACCACUGCCAAUUGCGCUACUCUGACGAGAAGUUCGGCGGUAUGGCAGACGUCUCCGACGGAGCAUGCCAACCAGCAGAAGAAAAAGCGUCAAACCCCGCGAGCUUCUAUCAGAAUUUGAGAAUCCUCAUAUCCAACCUGACCUCACUGGCGAUGCAGAGUUCUUCCAAUCACUUCUUUGCUACGGGAAUGUCCGUAAUUCCCGACUCACAUAGGAUCUACGCCUUGGUGCAGUGCGUGGGAGAUAUACCUGUGGAUCGAUGUAGGUGGUGCUUGCAGAAUGCGAGCUCCGAUAUUGAGGAUUGUUCUAAUGGAAGGCAAGGCGCUAGACUCCUCAGGGGAAGCUGCAUUGUGGCUUUUGGAGUGCACCCCUUCUUUUCUGGCGAUCCAACACUGGUAUCACUUCCGCAGACCAAUCAUGGUAAUAAGCUUUGGUGGAUAGUUCUUCUCAUCUGCUUAACUGGCGGGCUCCUGCUAGUAGCAGCCUGUGCAUUGUGCUUAGUUCGGAGAAGAAAGCAACAUCUGGAGAAGCUAAAACAAAAGGAAGCAACCUCAAUCGAUAUUGACAGUGUCAAAGAGAAUGAGGAGGUGAACUAUGAUUUACCGCGGAUCAGCCUGAGGACAAUAGAAGACGCUACGGAUAAAUUUUCAGAAUCAAAUAAGCUUGGGGAAGGUGGGUAUGGUCCGGUCUACAAGGGCAAGCUUCCCAAUGGACAGGAAGUAGCUGUGAAGAGGCUGUCUGGACGGUCUGGGCAAGGUUUGAAGGAAUUCAAGAAUGAAGUUGAGUUGAUAGUCAAACUUCAACAUGUAAACCUGGUUAGGCUCAUUGCUCUCUGCUUGGAGAAAGGGGAGAAGAUGCUCAUUUAUGAAUAUAUGCCCAAUAAAAGCCUUGAUUUCUUCCUUAAGGAUCCAGAAAGCCGUGUAUUGCUGGAUUGGGAAAAGAGGUUCAAUAUCAUAAUAGGAAUAGCAAAGGGGAUCCUUUAUCUUCACCAAGAUUCUCGACUCAAUGUCAUUCAUCGGGAUCUCAAAGCGAACAAUGUGUUGUUAGACGAGCAACUGAAUCCUAAAAUUUCUGACUUCGGAUUGGCAAGGAUUUUCAGCGGAGUUCAGGGCCAGGCAACUACCAGCAUCGUUGUUGGUACAUAUGGAUAUAUGGCUCCAGAGUAUGCAAUGGAUGGCGUCUUUUCAACAAAAUCUGAUGUCUACAGCUUUGGCAUUUUAUUGUUCGAAAUUAUCAGCGGCCAACUGAAUUCUGAAAGCCUUUCUGCAAUUCUUCUGGGUCGUAGUCUUGUUGAACAUGCAUGGAGCUUGUGGUGCGAAGAGAAAGGGACAGAGUUCAUCGAUCCAGUCUUCAAGGACGCUGCUACUUCAACAAGUAAUCAAAUGCUACGAUGUCUGCACAUUGGCUUUCUCUGCAUUCAAGAAGAUCCUGCAACCAGGCCAACGAUGUCGACGGUGGUUCUCAUGCUUGGGAACGAUUCGGUGGACCUUCCCUUACCCAAGCAACCUGCAUCCUUUGGGGAAAAUGUUGCAGAUUCAAGCCAACGAUGUUCUUCUGUUAUUACGUCUGUGGCUUCCGAAAUUACAACAAAGUAAGGGCAUCAAACGUUGGAUCACCAGGAAAUCUGAAGAAAAAGAUGUAUGCAACAUGUCAGGGCUCUAAAUUAAUAACAAAUUAUGAGUUAACUGAUUA